AUGAGUCGUCUCGAAAACACAUUGACGACAUCCGUGCACGUCCUCGGGGAUGCCACGUAUGCCGUGGAAGGCAAUAUCUGCGGCGUCCACGGCACUCGCUGUCCGCGCGCCGGCGACGUUGCCAUCGCAGACUGCACUCCCUUUCUACCGAGCUACGUGUCCAGCGUCGGUUGCAUCUUGUCGUCCGACACCUCGUGCAGCAUCAUUGCUUCCGUCGUGGACAGCAGCUCGGGUAGCUACUACGCUUGCGUGCUCCCGGUCGGUGGCGAGGCUCCCCGUGUCGUUGACAAAUUUGCCUCUCGCCCGAUCGACACGACUGCUGCACCGACGACACCAACGGCCACCCAUGCAACGAUGAUCCUCGUCAUUUCC